AUGGGGCUUGCCUCUACUGAUUUUUUCAAAGCCCAUUUCAUUGAGCUGAGAGUCAUUGAAAACUAUACCAACAGUUCAAUACCAAAGAACUACCAGCAAGUCCUUUCCUUGACAUUUGCUCUGAAGGAGAUCAACGAGAAUCCCAAGAUCUUACCAAAUGUCAGCCUGGGGUUCCAAAUUUAUGACAGUUACGCAAAUGCAAGGAUGACUUAUCAGAACACCCUAACACUUCUUUCCAGUAGGGGAAGGAUUGUCCCCAACUUCAAAUGUGACAAGGAAAAGAAUCUGAUGGCUGUCAUCGGGGGACAUAGCUCUGAAAUCUCCCUUCACAUUGCUACUGUCUUUGGCAUGUACAAAUUUCCACAGAUUGCCUAUUGUGUCUUCACUCCGGUGGUGAAUGUUAAACUCCAGCUUCCUUCCUUCUAUCGGAUGGUUCCCAAUGAAGUAUAUCAGUACAAAGGGAUUGUCCAGCUACUUCUGCAUUUCCAUUGGACAUGGAUUGGGAUCAUAAUAUCAGAUGAUGAUAAUAAUGGAGAAAUGUUUGUGGAGACCUUGAUGCCAAUGCUUUCCCAAAAUGGAAUAUGUACAGCUGUCACUGAAAAAAUGCCAGCCAUUUUCCAGGCUUUGGGAAUCCUGAGUUCAUUAAAACCUCUCACUGGCAAGGCCUAUUCACUAAGCAGCUCCAGAGUUCAAGUAUUUAUUGUAAAUGCAAGACCUCAGACCAUGAUAUGUCUGAUAUGGCUGAUCUAUCUCUCUGCAUUAUUCGAAGGUAUAGGAGGUAUGAAGAUUUCUAUAGGUAAAGUGUGGAUCAUGACGGCCCAUUGGGAUUUCUCAUUCCAAACAAUGCACAGGGCUUUUGAUAUACAACUCUUUGAUGGUGCCUUGUCAUUUGCAAUUCAUUCCAAUGAAGUGCUGGGGUUUCCAAAGUUCCUUCAGAGCCUGCAUCAUAAAUUGCAAGAAGGAGAUGACUUUUUAAGGACCUUCUGGGAAAAUGCAUUCAGUUGCUCAUUUUCUGAUUCUAAUGAGGACAAGGAGAGUACUGAUACUUGUACUGGCCAAGAGAGACUGGGCAGUCUUUCUGGAACACUAUUUGAAAUGAGCAUGACUGGCCAAAGUUACAGCAUCUAUAAUGCCAUACAUGCCAUUGCUCAAACCUUACAUGAAGUGUACACAUCCAAGGCAAAACUCAGAGCACUAGUGGAUAGACAGAGAGUGAAUCAACCUAAUAUACAACCUUGGCAGCUUCACCCCUUCCUGAGGAGCAUUUCCUUUAACAACAGUGCUGGAGACACUGUUUCUUUUGAUAGGAAUGGUGAAUUAGCAGCUGGAUUUGAUAUCCUCAACUGGAUUACCUUUCCAAAUCAAUCCUUCUCAAGAAUUAAAGUAGGAAGGAUGGAUCCUGAGAAUCUAAGGAGUCAAGAGGUCUUCAUUAAUAAGGUCAUCAGAUGGCACAGCUGGUUUAAUCAGGAAUACUACAAUAAAAGAUCCACAGCUCUGAUCACCAUCUGCACCAUUGCUCUGUAG